AUGAAAAUUAUAUCGUUUUUAUUAAUAAUUACAUUCACAACUGGGCACUUAUAAUUAUUAGAUGAUUUAAAAUAAACUUCAUUUGGAUAAUCAUUAGAAUAGACUAUCUUAUUAUAACUUCAAUAUGAUGAGAAUAAGUAUAUUUAUAUUAUGGAAUUAGAUUGAAAUCAAUUUUGUAAGAAAUUUAUAGUUCUAUGAAUGAAGAAUAGAUUAUUGAUGAUGCUAAUUUUAGACAAGAAUAUGAAAAUUGCAAUAGUAAUGAUUUAUAAAAUGAUAUCAUCGCAAUCAAAUAUGAAGAAUCAUCUAUAAAAUAAAAAAUGAAAUUGUUAAAUAAUUCAUUUGAAUUAUAAGUUUCCUAAUAAAAACAAAAAGAACUAUAAUUUAAUUAAGAAUAACUUAAUUAAUACAUUAAAUAAAUGGAAUAAGAGAAAGAAAAUCAAGUUCAUAAUCUUAAAGAAUGUGAUGUAGGUAAAUUUUUACAAAUUAGGAACUAUUGGAACUCCUACAAUAUCUAAGAUUCUAAUUUGAAAAGAAAUUGAUGAGUUAACUUAGUAAUUAGAAGAGCCAAUACUUAUUAUAAUUAAAACAAGAGAUUCAAGAUCAAAUAAAAAUUAUUAACAAGAUGAUAAAAAAACAAACAUAUAAUAAUUUUAUUAAACUCUUAAUUUCUUAGUUUGAAAAACAAGAUUAAAAUUAUGAAAAGUAUUCAUAUUCAAUUUUUAAUAGGUUACACAAAAUAAUAUUGUAAAUACAAGAAAUAAUUGAAUAAAAUAGAAAUUAAAUAAGAAAAUAAUUUGAUGAAAAUAUGAAACACUUCUAAACAAAUAUUUAAUAUUAUUAAUAAAAUAUCUAAUAAAUUUAACAGGAGAUAGAAUUGUUAUAAGUAUGAUAAAUUUAUAAUAUUAUUGUAGGAAUAAUAAGUAUAAAUAGAAAAAGAACUAAAAUAUUUCUAAGAAUAAUUAAAUAAGAUUAUUGAGAUUUAUGAAAUUAAAAAUUAAUUAUAGAUUGAUAAAGAUAAUAUGUGUAAAACCUUAGCUGAAGAUUAUAAUGAUUAUAGAAAUUUCAGAAAUAGCUAAAUUUAAUAAUUAGUGAAUAUUUUAAAUCUUGUAGAAAGAGAUCUGUUUUUGAUUAAAGAUCAUUAUGUAUUAAAUGGAUAAUUGAGAUAAUGA